AUGACCGACGCCAGCAGCGGCGCGACCACCAACAAUGCGGCCAGCACCAGCAACGCCGAGGUCCAGAUACAGAUCCCUGCAGGGCCAUCCAAAGCCGAAGCCCCAGCACCACCUGCCGGAGCACCGUCAAAGAGCUCCGGAGCCAAGAACUGGCGAUGGUGGUUGAUGGUGUCGGUGGACGUCUUCUUCCUCGUCGCCGGCCAGACGUCCGCGACGCUGCUCGCGAGGUACUACUACCACCAGGGCGGCAGCAGCAAGUGGGUAUCAACGUUCGUGCAGACCGCAGGCUUCCCUAUACUGUUCCUCGGCCUGUUCUGUGUCCCAAAACAACCCUCCGGCAGCGGCGGCAGCGACACUCCGGUGGCCAAACUCGUCGUGAUCUACAUCGUCCUGGGGCUCGUCAUAGCCGCCGACGACAUGAUGUACGCCAGCGGCCUCAAGUACCUCCCGGUGUCGACCUACUCGCUCAUCUGCGCCAGUCAGCUGUCCUUCAACGUCGUCUUCGGCUACGUCCUCAACUCCCAGAAGCUCACCGGCCUUAUCCUCAACGCCGUGGUUCUGCUCACGCUGUCCGAUGCGCUCCUUGGAGCCAACCACGACGAAACAGAGGAUAUCAGCGGCGUCUCGAGAAGGAAUUAUCUCAUGGGUUUCGUGCUGACGCUGGGGGCGUCGGGCACCUACUCGCUCAUCCUCUGCCUGAUGCAGCUCACCUUCGAGAACGUGAUCAAGAAGCACACCUUCACGGCCGUGCUCAACAUGCAGAUAUACACGGCCCUCGUGGCCACGGUGGCCUCCAUCAUCGGGCUGUUCGCUAGCGGCGAGUGGAGGACGGUGAGAGGUGAGAUGGACACGUUCCAGUCCGGGCAGUUCUCCUACUUCAUGACGCUGCUGUGGACGGCCGUGUCGUGGCAGAUCACCUCCGUCGGGGUGGUCGGGCUCGUCUUCGAGGUCUCCUCGCUCUUCUCCAAUGUCAUCAGCACCGUGGCUCUGCCCAUCGUUCCCCUGUUCGCCGUCCUCAUCUUUCACGACAAGAUGGAUGGUAUAAAGGUCAUAGCCAUGUUGAUCGCCAUCUGGGGUUUCGUUUCGUAUCUGAUGCAACACUACAUUGAUGAUAAGAAGGCUAGGAAGGCGUCAGCUAGUGCGGAUGGGGGUUCCUAGCUCACCAGUAUAGUUUUUCUUUCUCCUUUAGAUAAUGGAGCAUGGUCUUUCUCCCCAAAUAUAAGGUGUCAGCUGCGAGGAAGUAGGAUGUUUUGCUAAUUUUAUUU